CGUAAUAGUAGAUAUACAUAACUUUGAAAAAUGAAAAUACAAAAACAAUGCAUCGUACUACAUCAAAUCAGUGACAAGAAAGCAAGAUCUCGAGCUAUAUUGUUCAUUCGUUAUAAUCAAAUAAAAACGCACUUGUCACCGGAAGUCGGUCAACGAGACUCUAUUUUGUUUCUCUCCAUUACUGCCAAAGUUUUCUCGCGAAGGUUAACAAAAGACUUUUUUUCUUUUAUAAAAUGUCAUCAUAUAUCAGUAUACGGCACAGAUACAUUCACGCUUCAAUCAUUACAAGGAGAAAUUAAUGGUUACAAAAUGUUGGUCACGGUGGAAAGAAGCUUGAUGAGAAAACCACGAUUGGGCGGAUGGAGAGAUCCGGCUACGGGAUUGGAGUAUCUAAAUGCCGACUCGCAAACGGGACCGGCGCCCAAGCGACUGCCGUUGGAGCGAACCUGCAGCCGAAAAGUGCAGACCAUCCUGUCAGAGGACAAGCAGUGCCAGUCGAAUUGCGACAGUGCCACACAGAUGUGGCGCCGAGAUUGUUACAUUCCGAGCGUAUCCGACAAGUACGUGAGCGUCGGCUCGUACGAGACUUACGAGGAGAUGAGGCUAAGGCUGGAUUUCGACGGCAAAGCGAGGAAGAUUCAAAGGUGCUACAGAGCCUACAGGAUUUUGAAACUCGUGCGAAACUGCGCAAAGGCUUAUCGAGAGAUGCGCGAAGAAUGCGAGAGACUGCGUGAGGAGAAGGUGCAAAACAGAAGAGAACUCGAGGCUUCGGACUGUCUCGCCCUAAACCAUCCCAGGACUCUAACUGACCUAGACGCCUUAUUGCACCACAUCGACACCGUCGAUCUUCCUAAACUGGACGACCAGUCCUGUUCACCGCGUUCCCGCAACCUUAGACUCCUGGAGGUCCGUCGUCGCGCCUACCUGGCCGCAGAGCUGCGACGAAAUCGCGGCAGUGACAGAGCAAAGUUUCUCGCAUUUCACUGUAAACCAAAACGAUGGCUCGAUCGUCGUGGUAGAAGCGUCGAGAUGCUCGGACUGAGGAACCAAGCGGCGAGAGAACUGUGGGAAAUGUACCGGAUGCUGGACAGAGACGCAGGAGAGGAGAGGAUGGAGGUUUUGCUGCAGGCUAGAAGUGCCAUAGAAAAUCACGUUUGCAAAGAUGCAAGCUCUUUUCGGGAUCUGCUGGAUCAAGAGAUCAUUAUGACCGCUAAGAACGUAAUGCACGAUAAAUUGGAUUACUUGAGAAAGAGGAUAGUCGGAGCAUUUUUGCAGUUUGUGAAGACUUCCCACAAUUGCACGUGCAAGAGCGUGGAUGGAAUCGAACCCAUUGAGAUUCACGAUUACGAGUUUCGACUGCCCAUGGAGAAAGACCGAAUGUUCUGUACGAGCUGCCGGAAGCUUCUUCCGCAGGGAAAAUUUCCUGUAACUGUUAGGAGACAACAGAUCAAUAAGUGUAAAGCCUGCGUCCGUCUUCGUACAAACGUCCGCAGUUCUGUGGAUCUGAAGCCUUUUAUCCACCUUCUUUCCGAAAUCCGAGAAUCCGAGCCGGUUGUGGACCCCAUAAUCGACGUCCUGAGUCCAUCCGACCUGCGACACCUGGUGCAAGACAUCUGGCAUGGACGAUCGGUUCUAAGCGGCGAAUCCGAGACGCGGAAGUUACGACUGCCUCGUUAUCGAGUUGAAGAGCCCUGGAGUCCUUGGAAUUGCCUGCUGCUAACAGAGGACGAAGCUGAAGUUCAUCGGAGACUAGGCGAGAAGAUGGUUUACUCGAAGCCGUUGCAGAAAAUAGUCGAGGCUGCUCAUUGCACCGCUCGCAUGAAGUUCGGUCUCUGGACUGUCGAGAAGAAGGUUAUCGUGUCCAAUAUUGAAUCGUGAAUUUGAUUGAAUUUUUUCAAACUUCUUUAUUGUAGAUUAAAAUUCGUCUCGAUACAUCGAACGUAAAAACAUAUAAACUAUAAAAAUUAUAGUAAUGUAUAGUAUGAAAAAUUAAAAAGUGGACAUGCAAUGAUAAA